ACGAAACAACUUUCGGAAAAGUUUUCGUAGGUCCGGUCAUUAUCCUUCGCAAAACGCGUCUAUAUAAUCGUGCGCGACUACAGUGCUUUUUUUUUUUUUUAACAUCUUGUGUAAUUAGCUGGGAGUCAUGAAGUUACUGGCAAAGCUGCUGAUUCUGACGACCGCGGUCGUGCUCAUCGCCGGACAAAGCAUCGACGAAUGUCUGAAGCAGGACAGCAUAUCCUGCGUGCAGAAAACUCUGUACAGAACCGCGAAGGAAUUUUUCGCCAAGGAUACGCUCGAACUUGUGAACGGAAUCAGUCUCGUGAAGAGUAACGCCGAGGCCGGUAGUUCCAGGUCCGGCAAGGCGCUCGCUUACGAUCAGGAGAUGAACGCCGCUAACGACAUCGUCGCGAGACAGAACACUCUCGAGAACUUCGUCAACGAUGAAGCUGGACAGUUCUUGACCGGACGUAGUAUUAGGAUCAAUCUCGCGCCCGCCUUCGAGAAGCUUCGUGAAUCGGCCCGUGCCAUCAGCGAGUCUGUGCCACCCGAGAUUCGCCAGGCUGUCGACGAGGUCGUUGAAGCUCGAGGCAAGAAGAAACAACUGAAAAAUCUUAUUCCCCUGUUAAUCGCCGCGAAAGUGAAGCUCGGUCUUCUGGCGACUCUCGCGUAUUUUGCCAUCGGCAUUAUAGCGAAGAAGGCGAUCUUCGCGUCUCUUAUUUCCCUCGCCAUUUCAGCCUUCAUUGGCUUGAAGGCGCUUUGGUCGGGCAAAGGUGGCAGUGUCUAUCAUCACGACCUCACCGCUUACAACAACGGCUGGAAUGCACCGGUCGCGAGCGGAUGGUCCGGUCCAGUCAACACCGCAUGGUCCUCACCCGUUUCUUCUGGCUGGGACGAACAUGCAUCUUACGCGCACAACCAGGCGUAUUCCGGAUAUCAUCACUAAUGGCGAUUCUUGACGCUAUCUUCUUCUUUUUCUAAUGUCUUCUUUGUUUUUAAUCUUAUUGUUUUCUAUUUCUUCUUUCUCUUCUGUUUUCUCUUCAUUGAAACAACGGGCGAGACGGGAAGAAUAGGAUAUCGACGGAAGUUUGAUAACCUGAGCUUCGCGUUGCGUCUUCAUUGUUUGCGAUCGUAAAUAUAUUUAUUCUUAUUUAUCAUUAAAUAGUGAACGGGAUAUCCAAGUCCCGCCGCGAUGUACAUAAAGUAUCACACCAGCUCGCGUACUUACACACGUCUGCGAGUAAGACGAGCAAAGAAAAUGUAAAUCAAAUCAAACUAAGAGGCUAGUCGCAACAUUUGUUCAACAGGAACCGCCGCGAAGCGACGGUUUUACCGUUCGAUAUUACAGAUGCGUCACGACUUCGGCAUCGCGACUUCUGCGACUUUAAGAGCUUUAGUGCGAUUUGUAGCAGAACACACUCAGCGCAGUUGAUUAAUCGUAGGUACAUCUAGUCCAUUACGAUGUAUAUGAAACACAAUAUAAGCUGCAUUCUUACAAAUCUGUAAUAUGUGUGCAUUAUUUAUAUAAAUAUAAUAU